UUGUGUUCCGCCAGAUGCUACCUACCAGGGGGUUCGAACAGGCAGGCUGUGGUUUACAUCGACAAGAGCUGCGAAGUCGGCCAGAGGCGCUGUGAUGAUGGUACAUGUCUGUUUGUUGGCCAGUUCUGCGAUGGAAAGCCGGACUGCCCGGACGGGUCUGACGAACUGCCAAAGAACUGCGAUGUUUGUGAUGCCAUCACGAAGAAAUGUGAAGCCGUAAAUGGUCAACCUCCAAAGAUAAACUACUUCCAAGAACAUUGGCGCUGUGAUGGCGAAGACGAUUGUGGAAAUGGAUACGAUGAACUACACUGUGAAAACUGUGAGUUCGGUCACCUAACUUUGAGGCUCCUUCUCUCUUCUCCCCGCCUCCUCUUUCCCAUCCGCUACCUCUUCUCUUUACACUGCCGUCAUCACAAAAACUAA